GAGGAGGAGGUCAGAUCGCGCGAUUCGCGCCGGCGACUAGUGACGGAGGUAUCUCGUGAACCUCUUAACGUCCAACAAAACAAAAAAAAGCAUCUAACGGAAAACAAUCGUCCCGUGUGUCGUAACAAGAAGAAUACAGAGAAUGAGCCGAAAUUCGUGACUGUACGAGAUAAUCGACCUAACCCGGCGUUCGCAACUCCGUUUUUCGCCACGUGAGGACCGUUCCAUCCGUUUCGUAGUACGCACGCCGGUACAUGUACUUCGAUACGGUUCUUUUUUGGCCGCGUUCGGUUUUUUUAUGGAAUACUUAACGAGAAAGAAUCGUCGUUGAAUAAGUAACAAGAAAACGGUACCAGCGUAUAUCGAUGUGUUCAACGAUAUUUCAUGAAGAUUGUUUGGGAAUCUACGCCUAUGCUACAUUAAGAAGAUUCUGAUCACUGGUGAACUUAACGAGAGAAAACUUUGAAACGAACGUUGUCAUUCGAGGUUUGUGCCCGGUGGAGACAGAGUUAAGAAAAGCCUGGGACUACAACAGGCCAUCCCUGGUCCUUCGACCCAGUUCUCAAACCUUUGCCUGAUCAAAUAAAGACAUCUAGAUGUGUUCCAUAGCGAUGCCAGCCGAGCUGCUUCUGGGGCAUAGUCCUCCAGUGUACAGCCCGUUGCUGUACAGACCGUUGGUGGUGACGGCACCGACCAUUACCAGCAGGUCGGUGCCGCCCAGAAUAAGGCCGUGUCUGUCGUCCGGUUCCCUGGCCAUCGACAGCAUACGUAGCAGCAACGAUGGUAACAACAAGCAAAAGAAAAGGGUGGUGUUCGCCGACGAUCGCGGUCGUCCUCUUACUCAGGUUCGAGUGAUGUCCGAGCCCAGCAACGUUCCGCCGCUCUGGAGCACGGCAUACCUGGCCGGCUUAACGGGACGGCUUCUUCACACGAAAAUUGACAGCGACGAGCCCAGCGAGCUGGUGUCCCCGUGGCAGGUGACGUUUCCCCAGCCGGCUAGCGAUUACCUCGCGUUCCGCCGGAAGCUCGACCAGGAGAAUGUUAGUUUGGAAAAUGUGAUAGUGAGGGAGUCGGAACAGUGUUUGGUCGGUACCGUGAAGGUGCGGAAUCUCGCGUACGACAAAGAGGUCGUUGUUAGGGCGAGCAACGAUUCCUGGAAGACCCACGAGGACGUGCACUGCACCUACGUCGAGCAACCGGGAGCCCCAGCUUUGAUACUCUACGACACCUUUCGGUUUCGUUUGACCCUGCCGUUGAAGUCAAACGUGGUCGAGUUCUGCGGGAGGUAUCGGACCGACGGGAAAGAGUACUGGGACAACAACGAGGGAAAGAACUUCAUUGUUCGCAAGAAACUGGAGCCUCGAGCGCCACCGAAACGGUACGAUAUCCUGACCACCGCCGCGUGCGACGGUUUCGCCAGCAACGGGAUACGGGACAGCAUACCACGCAUCUCGGACGCCACCCGUGCGAACGUGCGCACGUGGAGCGAGUUCGCGUCCUGGCAUCAUCUAACGAACGACGCGCCGUACUGGUGAACCACGCGGUGUACCCUCUCGUCAAACGAUGUGUACGAAGUCGUACGAAAAUUCUUCCAGUUUUUACUUGGCUAAUUGUCGAGGCGUAGAUCACGCGGGACGGAGGCCGCACCGUGUCACCACUCACUCACACACACACACGCGCACAUACACACACACAAACCACGGACGUGCGCCGCAGCACGACACACACGACGAGGGAGACACGGUCGUAUGAAGCGUGUGUGUCAACUGACUGGCGCCAGGAAUCUAGACGGGGAGCGGCGGAUAGGAGAAUAUUGACGAAUGAAGGGGAAGAGAGGCGAUAUGGACACGACACAAGUGUUGAAAAGCUAUGAUAUACCAGGGAUAUGUACUACGCUCUCGCGCGCGGAAGGGAAAGUCAUCGCGAGAUUGGAGGACGAUUAGAGCGCGGCGCGGACCGGAGAGGAGGCCCACCGGUCGCACGUUACUUCUACGAUAGCAACGUGCACACACACACACGCAACGAUCUACACCAUCAGCAGCCGUGCAACAGCGAAGCAAAAAACACGCAAAGAACGCGCCCUCUACGAUCAUCGGAAUUAUUGGGUUCACACGAAGGCUUUUCCCUCCGCCCCCAGCUGCCAACACGGAGAAUUGCCAUAUGUGUCGUCUUCGUCUCGUUCGUCGUCUUCUUCCUUCUCCACUUCCUCUUUCCUGGAACUUGGCCGCGAAAGCCGAGGAUAAUGUCCGUCAAGAUAAGUUUCCAUCUUUCGAGUUGACCAAAAUCUCGCUGGUCUCGUCCAUUCCUAUUUCUCGAAACUACU